CGCCGCGACACGGUGCAAACGUGUGAUUUGAAAACAUAAAGGACGACAUCAGCACUGCAGAUCACCAGACCAUGACAACAGAAGGCCCCGAGAAGUCGGGUGAGGAGGGAACUGGGUCGGUUGCGGUUACCUCAGGAACGCGCUUCGACCUGGAUAAAGAAACGGAGCUUCGGUUCGAGGUAGAGGCCGGGGAGAAGGUGCAGCUUGAGUUGUUGUCCGGUUUGGCGGAGGUGUUCGGCUCCGAACUCAACCGGAAUAAGAAGUACACAUUCGGACCGGGUUCCAAGAUCGCAGUUUUCACAUGGCAAGGCUGCAGUCUCUCUCUCACUGGCAAGACCGAGGUUGCCUACAUCUCCAAGGAUACACCCAUGCUGUUGUACCUAAACACACACGCGGCGCUUGAACAAAUGAGACGACAAGCUGAGAGAGACAAUGACAGAGGCCCACGGGUGAUGGUGGUUGGUCCCACAGAUGUGGGGAAGUCCACAGUGUGUCGGCUUCUGCUGAAUUAUGCUGUGCGACUUGGCAGGAGGCCAACGCUGGUGGAGCUGGACGUUGGCCAGAGCAGCGUCUCUGUACCUGGAACCAUGUCCGCCCUGUACAUAGAGCGUCCAGCGGAUGUAGAAGAGGGCUUCUCUGUCCAGGCUCCUCUCGUCUUCCACUUUGGCUCUACCACCCCAGGGACCAACAUCAAACUGUACAACAAGCUGACGUCGUGUCUGGCAGAGGUGUUUUCCCAGCGGUGUGAGGUGAACCGCAGGGCGAGUGUGGGUGGCUGUAUCAUUAACACUUGCGGCUGGGUGAAAGGAUCAGGGUACCAAGCCCUGGUCCACUGCGCCUCUGCCUUCCAGGUGGACGUGGUUCUGGUUCUGGAUCAGGAACGUCUCUACAACGAGCUGAAGCGGGACCUGCCGCACUUUGUGCGAGUGGUGCUUCUGCCCAAGUCUGGCGGCGUGGUGGAACGCUCCAAGGACUGCCGGCGGGAAACGCGGGACGAGAAAAUCCGCGAGUACUUCUACGGCUUCCGCGGGGUGUCCUUCUACCCACAUGCCUUUGACGUGCGUUUUUCUGACGUGCGCAUCUAUAAAAUCGGUGCUCCCUCCAUCCCAGACUCCUGUCUGCCACUGGGCAUGUCCCAGGACGACACGCAGCUCAAACUGGUGCCUGUCAGCCCUGGCAGAGACCUGACCCACCACGUCCUGAGCGUGAGCUGUGCGGAGGAUGAGGGCGAGAGCGGGGCAGGGCGUGGUCGGGGCAUUUUGGAGAGCCCCGUGUGUGGUUUCAUAGUGGUGACAGCUGUAGACACGCAGGCCCAGGUGAUGACAGUCCUGUCACCUGCACCCAGACCCCUGCCACGACACACACUUCUCAUCAUGGACAUAAGGUUCAUUGACCUAAAGUAAAGAAGCAGAGAGAGAGAUUAGGCAAGAGAAAGUAUGGUGGGGGCGUGCAGUGAAAGAAGGGGUGACAUUACAGUGAGGGAAGGAGGUUAUGUGAAAGAUAGAGGAAGUGCUUGUGUUUAGUGUGGAUAGUAUCUCCUAAAGUGCGAAAUUGAAAAGCUGAUUUUUACAGCAAUGACUUU